CAGCGACACCACAAGCAAGGCACAAGGGCGCAUCUGUAGGCCAAAGCGAAGCCAUGCCGUCCACUAGGCAGAGCACCACCAACGGGUCUCGCACAGAGCUUCAGCGAUCCACAUCCGGGCGAUCCGCCUCGUCUUCCUUCUUCACGGCAUCCCCAAAGCCGACAUCCCCAUUCAGUAGUCCGUCUGCUACAACGGUGCUUUCCGUUGCAGAGCUACAAACACAGCCAGAGUUUACAAAGCCAGAGACAAAUGGCAUCGCCCUCACUCUCCCCAAAAAGGACCAGAAAAACGCGCGACAGUACGCGCCAUUGCUGAAUAAGCUUCAUAAAGUACCCUCUACGGCAUGGGGCCCGCCCGAGAAGUUUGAAGAAGCUGAACCACCCCUCUACUUCCUCAUGACCACCUACAUCUCCUACCUCAUCUUCAUCGUGCUAGGUCACAUUCGCGAUUUCUUCGGUAAGCGCUUUGCCAAGAAGCGGUAUGCGCAUCUCCAGCAGCAGAAUGGCUACGCACCCCUCAACUCUGACUUUGAUAAUUUCUAUGUCCGCAGACUCAAGAUGCGCAUCAAUGAUUGUUUCAGUAGGCCAACGACCGGUGUUCCAGGUCGCUACAUUACGUUACUCGAUCGCGAAUCGAAUGAUUACAAUUUGCACUGGCAUUUCACAGGUGAGCAGACAGAUUGUCUCAAUAUGUCCAGCUACAACUACCUUGGCUAUGCAGAGUCUGUGGGUGCAUGUGCAGAUGACGUGGAGCAGGUCGUGCAAAAAGUCGGACUCUCCUCGUGUGCAACACGCUCAGAGGCAGGCACCAUGGAUUUGCAUGAAGACUUGGAGAAGCUCGUUGCGCGCUUUGUUGGGAAACCAGCAGCAUCCGUCUUUUCCCAAGGGUUUGGCGUGAAUGCCACCAUCUUUUCUGCACUCGUCAAUAAAGGUUGUUUGGUGAUUAGUGAUGAGCUCAAUCAUGCUAGUAUUCGAUGGGGUUCGCGUUUGUCUGGUGCUGCGAUUCGUAUCUUCAAGCACAAUGACAUGCAUGCGCUCGAGAAGCUGCUGCGAGAAGUGAUUUCGCAGGGUCAACCACGCACACACCGACCCUGGAAGAAGAUUCUCGUUGUGGUGGAGGGCUUGUACUCGAUGGAAGGCACCAUGUGUGAUUUGCCAGGCUUGAUUGCAUUGAAGGAGCGAUACAAGUUUUACCUGUUUAUUGAUGAAGCACACUCCAUUGGCGCACUUGGCCGUCGUGGUCGUGGUGUUUGCGAUUUCUACGGCAUUUCCCCAGACAAGGUUGAUAUCCUCAUGGGUACCUUUACAAAGUCCUUUGGCGCAGCAGGCGGGUAUGUGGCAGGCAAUCGACACAUGAUUGAUGCACUGCGGUUGACGAAUGCUGGAUCAGUGCUCGCUGAAGCCAUGUCACCCAUCAUCAUCCAGCAAAUCAACACCUCCCUUCGCAGUAUCGCCCUGGAAAUCCCGGGUCUUGACGGUGUCGAGCGUGUUGAGCGUCUCGCCUUCAACAGCAUCUACUUGCGAUUGGGACUCAAGAAGCUAGGCUUCAUUAUCUAUGGACAUGCCUGUUCGCCCAUCAUUCCACUUCUCCUGUACAAUCCAGCCAAGAUGCCGGCGUUUUCCCAUGAAAUGCUCAAACGCCGCAUUGCAGUGGUGAUUGUCGGAUACCCUGCCACACCACUCGUUCAGUCGCGUGUCCGCUUCUGUGUGUCUGCAGCGCACAACAAGGAUGACUUGGAUAUGUUGCUUGAAGCGUGUGAUGAGGUGGGUGACUUGCUGCAGCUCAAGUACAAAGGUGCCAAGAAGCUGAGGGGGAACUGGAAGCAGGAGCUGUUUGAGGAGGUGAGGAGAGACUUUUCAGGGCCGCAGCAGGAGGCUAAGCAUGUGCAAAUCAAUGGUGGACAAUAGAUGUAGAUAGGUCAAGCAAUUGGUACUAUGAAA